AUGGUCUCGCAACCCACUCAGCCCGCGACACAGCCUGUUGAUGACCCUCGUCGUAUCCGGAGAAACAUCUCCAACGUUUCUGAUGAGGAUGCCAUAGAUGUGAUAUGUCUGCUGAGUCCAACCUCCCCUGCUGCAUUUGAGGCAGUGAAAGCCAAUCUCUUGGUUGCUCCCCGUCACAUCUUGCAAAAUGACGACCUAGAAGAUAUCAGUCAGGAUGACCUGCUUUGCGGUGCCGAAUACGACCAGCCGCGAGAUAUAGCCUUGCGGAUGUCUUCUGCCGUCAAGAAUCCCAAGGAUGGGUUUCAGUUUGGCCGUACCAGGAGCAAAUGCGAUGUACUUCUUACUCCGUACGAUAAUGACACCUUGGUGAGCAAAGUGCAUUUUAAGAUUUUCGUGAACAAUCAAGGUAGCCUCAUGCUGGAAGACUUGUCCACCAAUGGAACUGUCGUGGAUGAUGUGCACCUUAAUGCCAAGGCUCGUCGAGGUAAUCCCGCCCUCAAACCUGCGACCAUCGUCCUCAGGCAUGGAGCUAUUAUUUCUCUUUACAGCGGUGCGAGGCAGCAGGAGAUCAAGAUGAUGGUACGGAUACCGAGCCGUGGUGAUUUCGAAGACGCCUAUGAAGAGAAUCUAAGAAAGUACCUCGCGGCAAGAGGGGAUGUGGCCCAAUUCGCUUCCAUGAGGGAAAGCACUUAUGGAAAUUACUGGAAUGGAGGUUCCCUGUACAACUUUACGGGUCUCCUUGGGAAAGGUGCUUUUGCAACCGUCUACAAGGUUCAGACCAAAGAAGAUGGCGAUAUCUACGCCGCAAAGGAGCUUGACAAACGUCGGUUUAUCAAAAACGGUGUCCUCGAUAUGAAGUUUGAUAGCGAACUCAACAUUAUGAAAAACCUCAACCACCCGAAUAUUGUCAAUUACGUCGAUUGUCACACUUAUCAACAUUGGAUCUACAUCCUGAUGGAGUAUGUUCCCUAUGGCGAGCUUGCAAAAGAACUGGGGAAAUAUGGAGCUAUUCCCGAAGCCGACGUCCAACAGAUAGCCAAACAGAUAUUGCACGCCCUCUAUUAUCUUCAUCGACGAAACAUCACGCAUCGCGACAUCAAGCCAGACAAUAUCCUCAUAGCAUCUCGAAACCCCUUGGUCGUCAAGUUAUCCGACUUUGGCUUGUCGAAAUGCGUGACAGACCAAGAGACCUUUCUCAAAACGUUCUGUGGCACACUUCUUUAUUGUGCACCUGAGGUAUAUCCUGACUAUGCGAAUUAUGCUCAGGGAUCAGCAUCCAAGAGGCGUCGGCUAGGAGAGCCUGCAACAAAAUCUCCACCGUCACCGUAUGACCAAUCCGUGGAUAUGUGGUCGUUUGGCGCCGUCAUCUUCCAUCUCCUCUGCGGGAAGCCUCCGGUGACCGGGAGAGGCGAUGACCGCGGCGCGCAGAUGCUGAACAAUAUUAUGACGAAAAAUGUCAACUUCGACAUGUUAAGGCAGGCAAAGGUAUCGGAGAAUGCCAUUGAUUUCGUUGCGAAACUUCUGAAUCGAAAUCCUGUUCUACGGCCGAAGGAGCCCGAAUGCUUGCAGCAUCCGUGGCUACGUGAUUUGCCUGACCACUGCAAUUAUGAAGAUGUCGAGGAACCGGUUCCCGAUCCGCAACAUCACCUGGACAUUGUUGACGAGGUUGACGAAGAUUUGCUCGAUGAUGAGUUGAUUGACAGCCUGAACCAGCUGACGCAACCCCCCUCAUCAGAGCAUACGCCACAUCGCCCAGUGAAGCGUGCUCGCACAGCAAUGAAUGUGUCACCUACGGAAGGAGACAUCACAUAUCCUCAUCUUCCAGCACCCGGCGAGAGCUUCUUGCCAUUACCUCCCGUGCCAGGCCUACCGGCACAGCGUCUCUUCGGAGAGAUUUCCGCAUCCGUUCUGCGUAGUUCGGGCGUAUUUGGCGGCGAGCUGAGUCCGACGACACCGAUGGGAGUACACGAUAUCCGCAACCGAGUGGAACAGAUCAGCGUGAAUGAUUUUGGAGAUCGAGGUCCAGCGAGCAACGCAGAAAACGCCGAAAUUUCUGGCCGGCCACUGCAAUAUCCUCAAGUGCUUGACGUCCCCCAAACCCAAGGGAGUUCAGCUGCAAGCCUUAUGGGGGCGGAGCAACAAAUAGGCCAGCUCAACAUGGCAUCUCCUGAAGCAGAUAUCUCGGAUGCUGCAACUCCAGAAACAACUAAUCCUGUUACUCCUGAAACACGUCAGCUAUCGCCGUCUGCUUCGGUCACUCCACAUGCAGAUACUGAAAUAGCGGAGACAGCUCAAGUGACCGAAGAGCCUGUAUGUACUCGUCGUAUCGACCUCGGCCUAAUUGAGAACCCCGUUGAUUUCGAAGCGGAAGUCGAGGCGAGAAAUGCAUCAAGAGCCAGCAGGCUACGAGCAAAAGCGGAGACUUUCCAUGGGAACUCGACUGCUAGGACCUCCCCACCAUCUGUUGAGCUGGCUGUCACGAUUGAUGCGAAGACUGGUCGUGAGGUGGGAAGUAUGGGACAACUGAAUCGUUUUAUCCGUCCUGCUCCGGGGCCGGAAACCACAAUCAAAAUGGGUUCCCAAACAAUGCAAUUCGUCAAGCCUCCGCGACGAUACGGCAAGUUGACCAGCCUUCCUGGAUCCUUCGCGAACGUAGCCGUCAAUCUCGAAGACAGAUUCACUGUAUGGGGGCGAGGCAUUGAUUGCACCAUCCAGUACCCUGACACCAAGGACACGCGUAUUCCCAAGUACGCGCUCAAAAUCACAUUCUGGGCACCUGGCAUAGAGGCUCAUGUUGACGGCGGAAAAGACUGGACGGCAUUUCCCGGGAUAAGAACACUGAUCGCUACGUCUGCAAGCGGGAGUAUCUCGGUCAAUGACGUUGAAUUGCGAAAGGAAUCGCCCUCAGGAGACGCAGCCUUGUUUGGGAAGCUACAUACAGACGACAUCAUCACCAUCUUCGACAAUGGAAAGGGUGAGUUUUUGAAGUUCAAGGUGGAAAUUACGUUUGGGGAGAGUGCGAGACCGAGGCCCGCUGGUGAAAGAGGGUUCGUCGUUCAGGAGGAACGACACCAUCACCAACGCAUGAAGCAGCGCGAAAGUAUGAGGCUGAGUAUGAGGGAAAAUGCUGACGAGGUGCCCCUUGUGCCCACCGUGCGGGUAGAGCCCGAUUGUUGA